AACUUGGCAGUGGCCAGUUAGAUCAGUGAGUGCUGUUCCGGUCCUUCACUGCUCACUCUCUGUUGAAUCUCAGUUCUCCUCGAUGGGCACGGCCUAAAACCUAAUUUUCCCCGGUUGAAUCAGUUUUGUUAUCUUCAUUUUCUUCUCUAUUUCUACGGAAAUGCCGUUGAGAUCCGGCCAUGGACGGGGAGGCUAAACUUCCGGUCUCAGCUGCUCCUCCACCCAGGAAUUUCGUCCGUCCGAUGAUCAACGCUGACACGACGUCUUCCUCGUCCUCGUCUUUCUCUUCCUCCUCCCCUCCGGACUUUCUUAAGCAUGUUCAAGCUGCCUUCAAGCGCCACCGCCCUCUCUGUACCAGGCCAACCUAUAGUGUAGGGCCUAGGCGCGUGUUGGUUCAGCAACCUGAAACGUCUAAAGCUGCAGUUUCUGAUGUGGAUCCUAAGACAAGCAUGAAGAAGCCUGAACAUGUUAUUCCAAUGAGUCUUACUGUAAAAAAUUCAAUUAUACAAACCAAAAAUCCAGUUGCUGUCGUUAGGGAAACUCAAGAAGAGUCUAUUACUCCUCCUUCCAUUUUAGGCACCACCACAAAGACCUUUGAUGAGAGUUUUAACCCAUCUGAUGUGCAGAGGAAUCAAUCCACAUCUGUUAUUGAUUGUAAAGAGAAUAAUCCAAUGAUCUUGUCACAUGUUGAUGGCAAGAGAAGGGUCCAGUUUUCAGUGGCAAAAAAUGCUAAUUCCCAAGGGGCCGAUGAUGAAAUGGCCACUGAAUUGGAGGACUUAUCUUCUCAUAUUGGUUCACUUGCAUUGACAGAAAUGGAAUGGGAUGUAAGCAAUCAAAUAGAGGCACUGAAUGUUAUCAAUGAUGAAUCAAAGCAUCAGAAUUUUCAGAACAUGGAAUCUGAUAUCAGUUUGAGGACUGAUGGUGCAACAUCUUUGUUGGCAAAAAGAACGAAGCUUGUUCAGGACCAACUGCAUCAAUUUAGAAGCUUUUUGGGCCAACCUGCAACUCAAUCUUCAGUUGUUGGCUCAUCUUGUGCCACCACAACAUCUGUCCAUUCUACUUCAGCACCUAUGCUUAACUCAAUGAGUUAUUAUUCCCGUUCACAUCCAGAGAGUGGCACUCAUGGGGGAGUUGAACCAUUGGGAGAUAUUAAUAUGAAUUCUCAGCAUGUUAAUCAAAGAAAUAUGGAGCAGUUGUCUUAUACUUCACUAAAGGACACAAAUGGGCUGCUAAUUGACCAGACAGCCAUUGCAGCCCAAACUUCUACAUCUGCUAUUGAUGCCCAAAUUAAGGAAAAUCACCUGCCAAGGGAGAAACAGGGCAAUCUGGCCAAGGAGGCUGGCAUUUCAAAGAAUCCUUCAUAUGUUUGUGAUAACCCAAUUAAAGAGAGAGGCUCAGCAGACGGCAUUCAUGAUGCACAAGCUCAGAAUCCAUUGUCAAAAAACCCAUCCUCAGAUGUGAAGUUGGAGCCUUCUAAACGGGAAAAGCAAGAAAAGGUCACAAGUGGUAAAGGUGUUUCAGCGGCUCGUAAAAAGAAUUAUGACCCUGACUUGUUCUUUAAAGUUAAUGGGAAGCUCUAUCAAAGGCUUGGUAAGAUAGGGAGCGGAGGGAGUAGUGAGGUCCACAAAGUCAUCUCUUCAGAUUGUACAAUCUAUGCACUCAAGAAAAUCAAACUCAAGGGUCGCGAUUAUGCAACUGCAUACGGUUUUUGUCAGGAAAUUGAUUAUCUAAACAAAUUGAAGGGAAAGAACAAUAUUAUACAGUUAAUAGACUAUGAGGUGACAGAUAAAAAUUUGCUCCGUGAAGUCGUGAAUGGAUCUACAAGUAACAAAGAUGGUAGAGUUAAGGAUGAUGGGUAUAUAUACAUGGUCCUUGAAUAUGGGGAAAUUGAUUUGGCUCACAUGCUUUCGCAGAAAUGGAAGGAACUGGAUAGCAACAAUCAGAUCAUAGAUGAGAAUUGGCUGAGAUUUUACUGGCAGCAAAUACUUCAAGCUGUCAACACCAUACAUGAAGAACGCAUAGUGCACUCUGACUUGAAGCCUGCUAAUUUUCUUCUUGUCAAAGGUGCUCUAAAGUUGAUUGAUUUUGGUAUUGCUAAAGCCAUAAUGAGUGAUACAACUAACAUCCAAAGGGAUUCACAGGUGGGUACGCUAAGCUACAUGUCUCCUGAGGCAUUCAUGUGCAAUGAGAGUGAUGCAAAUGGAAACACAAUAAAGUGUGGUCGGCCAUCAGAUAUUUGGUCGCUUGGCUGCAUACUCUACCAAAUGGUAUAUGGGAGAACCCCUUUUUCAGAGUACAAGACUUUCUGGGCUAAGUUCAAAGUUAUAACAGACCCGAACCAUGAAAUAACUUAUGGUCCAGUUUCCAAUCCCUGGCUUCUUGAUCUCAUGAAAAAAUGUCUUGCUUGGGAUCGGAAUGAAAGAUGGAGAAUUCCUCAACUACUUCAUCAUCCUUUUCUUGUUCCCCCAGUCCCUCCCCAACUAUCCUCACCCCAAGAGCAAGGCUGUAUGCUGCUUCAACUUGUUGCUGAAGCUUGUGCUAACAAUCAGGAGGCCUCUAAGCUCUGCUGUGGCCUCCAACAACUGCUUAGGGACCCAGUCACACCCCUAACGUUUCAGUCAUUAACAUCACGAGACCAACAAUGUAAGUUGCUCUCAGAAAUGUCUAAACUUUGCUUUCAACUGAGAGAAUGUUUGACAAAGUUGGAGAGAGGCUAGGAAUAGAUUCAGCUGUACAAAGUGUUCAAGUGUAUCAAUUGUAGGAGCCAUUUGGCCUGUGGGGAAAUAUGAAAGUCAUGUUCUAUCCCAUUCCAUUUGUUUGUAAUAUUUUAAUAAUCUCUGUUGUGUUAUUGUGAUCUAUUGCAAAGUACAAGACCAACAAAACAAAUCAAUAGUGACAAUGGUUAUGUUUCUCGCAGAA